AUGACUACCCCCCAACCUCAAGUUCCUCCAGCGGAUGCUAGGGCUGGGACCUCGCACACCUCUCUCCUACCCAAGCCCAACCCGUGGUCCGUCCGAGCCGUGCUCAAAGAUCUUCCGAACCCGCCGGCCGAAAACACUUCCUCUCCGGUCUCAUUCUUCCACUAUGUCGAGCGACUGAAAAUCGAGAAGCGUGAGGGAUGGCGUAGAUUUGGCAUCUUCAAAGGGGAAUCGAUAGCAGAUCAUAUGUACCGCAUGUCGUUGAUCACCAUGCUUGCACCGCCGGCGUUGAGCUCACGAUUGGAUAUCCCGCGCUGUACCAAAAUGGCUCUGGUGCACGACAUGGCUGAGGGGCUGGUUGGCGACCUGACUCCUGUGGACGGCGUACCCAAGGUGGAGAAAAGCAGACGUGAGACCGAAACCAUGGAUUGGGUCGCAGAUUCGUUGCUCGGCAAAGUCCACGGAGGGAUCCCUGGGAAAGAUAUACGCGCCGUUUGGCAGGAAUACGAAGACGGCGACACUCUGGAAUCAAAGUUUGUCCAUGAUGUCGAUAAGAUCGAGUUGAUCCUGCAGAUGGUGGAGUAUGAGCGGGCCAGCAACUGCACCAUCGAUCUCAGCGAAUUUAGUUGGGUGGCUACGAAGAUCUCUCUGGAAGAAAUGAAGGCGUGGGCGCGGGAAAUUCUGGACGAACGAACGAUGCUAUGGCAAAGCAAGGACAUACAGCCCCAAGGACCCACGGCGACGAACAAGGAGCGACAGGAUGCUUACUAUGAUAACGGGAAGACGGAGACGAACGGGGAUGUGGGGUCAUGA